CGGAAAAUGCUCCAAUUUCACCAAAUGGCUAGUACCUUUUAUGUGUCUGCGAUCUUUUUCCUUUGCAUUAUCUAUCUUCCAUUGUGCGCGUUCGCCCUAGGAAAUGGCUCGUCUUCUUCCCUCGUGGAUCAAUGUAGAAACGCGGAUGCAGAUCAAAUCGUAUUGAACAAACAUGCAGAGACUGUCAAGGCGCGAAAAAAGCUGAUCUUGUUUCAAGCAUUUCUGGUUGCCACUGGCACAUUGGCACAUGCUCCCAAUCUCUUAGCUCAACUAAGAUUCAAGUCUGAGAAAGUGUUUGUGGAUACGGAUUGGUGGCUUCUCACUCUCAUCGGUCUCCAUCUUCCCUCUUCCAUCUGGUGCAAUGGGCUGUUGAUAUUUCUCAACCUAAAUUUAGAUCCACAAGCUUCAAGGAACAAUCGGCAGCCAUUUCCAAAAAUUCAGAGGCUCCUACCAACUUUCAGCAUUCUUCGUCUGAAUUCCUUAAAUCGAAGUGAAGGGAAUAAACAUUCAGAAAAUAUGGUGAAUUCUCACUGAAUGCUAGUGACUAACUCGGUUCUUAACCUGUGAGAGUUCAGUUAGUGGUAGGAAGUUGUGAUAGUUGUGAUAUGCCUCAGUGAUCAGUAUGUGUUUAAUAAGGAUGGUCUGUGACACGUGGAAAAGUUUCGAUUUGUAAAUAUUAGAGAACAAUUUCACUUGGAAACUAAAGUGGCACCGCAUGAUUCUGAAAUCACACUUCGUUGUAAGCCUGAAGUCUAUAAACAUGAUGGUUCAAGAUCCUUGGUCGGUUAUGGCUGCAGCUAGAUCAAUGAGUCCAACUAUUUAUUUUGUUCAUCAAGUCACGCGGAAAUCGAGAUUGAGUGGAAGAUGAUUUUGAUAAACCUCUUGAAACAGAAGCGCUGGGACAGCGCAGGUUGGUUUUCCCAGGUUUGCACUGCUGUGUUGGAGAAGAGUGCUUUCACUUAUGGAAUUUCUGACCAGAAAUCACAUUCUGUAAAUUCUUUAAUGCAAAAAUGAAACGGAUGGCAAUAUUUGGCGCCUGG